GUCUGCAACGUCGUGGUUGCCAACAUGAGUUUAAGAAAGGACGAACAAGCUCUCGAGCCCGUAGACGCGGCCUUGGAAGAGCCACGUAAUGCUCCUAGGAAACCUGACCUCUGGACUGUUGCAAAGGGGAUAAAAGCAGCAGAGUUUAAGCUGGAAAAUGUCGCAAAAGUCCCCUGCUCAAGAAAGGCCCUUCUUUAUGGCAUUGGAGGAGGCACAAUAAUAGCAACAACACGAUUCUUCGUUACGCGCCGAUUGCUUUCUGCAGGGAAUUGGGGAUUUGCUUCUUUUGGUGCCAUCUCAAUGCUUUCAUGGGAGUUUUGCCGGUACCAGCGGCGUGUGGUUCAAGAACAAUUAGAAGCAAUGGCUGCUGAAACAGCCAAAAGAACAGAAGGGGAGAAGCGGGGCCGACCAUCUGCAAACGAAUGAUUGUUUUCACUCAAUAUGGAAUGCCGUUUUGCAGGUACUGGAAGCGGUCAUAAAGGCCGCUGGCAGGAAGAAAAGUUUUGAAAGGGGGUUAAUGGACUUCGUCGAGGCUGGUAACCACUACUACUAAAUACCUUCUCGUGUUCUCGUGCGACUGACGAAUGCAAGUCAUCAUGAAUUCGGCCGCCUGUCGCUCAGUUUUAUCCAGUUGGAAACGCUCCUUCAGUUUACGUAUUGUGACGUCUCCUGAAGACAGUAGGGUUUAGAUGCAGUGAUAGAGGAGAUAGAUGUAGAACAAAUUGCUCGCACCCUUGAAACAAGGCAAUCCAGAUUCCAUCAUUAAUGAGACCAUUUGCGUAAUUUCUUCUGCGUAUGGUCUGACGCAUAGAGAAAAUGUUAUGAUCCCCUGAACGUGG